AUGAGUUUUAAUCAGCAGCCACAGAACUUUUCAUCUUCUUCAGGUAUGAAUACUAAUACGCUGCAACAACAGCAGCAUCAGCAGCGUGGUGGGAACUUACCUGCUUUGACACCACAAAUGUUACAAUCGUUGACACCUCAGCAGUUUCAACUUUUUAGGUCUAAUCCUCAAUUCCAAGAAGUAAUGAACCAGUAUAUGCAAAAGCAACAGCUUUUACAACAACAACAGCAACAGCAGCAGCUGAUGCAGGGAACUACUGGUGGAAUAAUUGGUGGAAUUGCACAGCAACCACCACAAUCAAUGCAAUUAUCAAGAGAGCAAUUCUUGAAACAACAACAGAUGAUGCUCAAUCAACAACAACAACAACAACAACAACAACAACAACAGCAGCAGCAAGGACUGCCUCAUAUUAUGAAUGGAAUUCCAAAUCAACCACAAGCAAAUCCACAAUAUCGACAACAAGUAGUAGCAAACCAAAUACCCCCCAAUAUGGUAAAUGUGCCAGGCUCUCAAACAAUAAUAAAUCAACCAAUUCAUGGUGGGAACAUUCCAAUAAAUAAGGUACCAGCGCGUAGAAUGUCUUCAAUCCCUGGAGUUGCUGGUGGUCAAAAUCCACCUGUGGGUGUUCCUGGUGGAGCAGGACCUCCAAUGGCAGGUGUACCUGGUGCCACUCCUUUAGUACCGGGACAGGGGCCAGUACGUUCCGCGGGAGGUGUAUUGGCUACAGGGGUGCCUAAUUCUGGUAGUGGUCCUUCCACAGGGGUUUUGAAUGGGGCUCAGGGAGAUGCAGGACUCAAUUCAAAUUUACCUCCCGGAGUCACACCUGACAUAUUGAACAAAAUUCCUAUGAAGCCAAUGCAAAACAUUAAAGAAUGGUCAGAAAAAUUGAAACAGGAGGGUAAAGAUGUACCUCUUGAUUUGAAGGUCUAUGAAGAUUUGAUAAGGAAGGAUACGGAAUUUGUGGGUAAAUUGAAUAAACAGUUGCACGACAACAAAACUAUUAUGGAGAAUAUUGGAAAGGACAUCAAGUCUUACAACCAAAUCAAACAAUUGAGAAUGAAUUCUAUUGCAUUGUCCAACAAAGGACAAUAUAACAACAGUAUUUGGGGAGAAGGAUAUCAAGGUUAUGGCAACGGAAUAACAAAUGCCAGCACAAAGCUAUUUAUUCCUAACAGGGAUUUAACUGAUAGAAUCAUCAAUGAAAGAGUAAUGAAAAACAAAAAUAAACCAAAACAUUAUGUUCCUAUUCGAUUAGAAUUUGACCAAGAAAGGGAUCAGUUUAAAUUGAGAGAUACAUUCCUUUGGGAUUUGAAUGAAGAGAUUAUAAAAGUGGAAGAUUUUGCUGCUCAAUUGUUAGAGGAUUAUAAAUUUAUCUCCAAAGUUCAUUAUGAAACAAUUUUAUCAUCUAUCAAAGAACAGAUUGCAGACUAUCUGAAGAAACCUAGCAAAACAAUGGGUGAAUUAAGAAUUCCUAUUAAAAUUGAUAUCACUAUUAACAAUACCCAAUUGACUGACCAAUUUGAAUGGGAUAUAUUGAAUAGCCAGGAAGGCGAUGCUGAAGAAUUUUCAUCUUACAUGUGCGAUGAAUUAUGUCUACCGGGAGAAUUUUGUACUGCAAUAGCUCAUAGCAUAAGAGAGCAGUCGCAAAUGUAUUAUAAAGCGUUGAACAUGGUGGGAUAUGGUUUUGAUGGUUCGCCAGUACACGAAGAUGAGAUUAGAAAUCAUUUGUUGCCACCUUUAAGAUUAGUGUCUUCGGAUUCUGGAAUUGUUGAUGAUUUUUUCUCGAUUUUAAGAAACCCUUCAAGUGUGCCAGACUUUUCCCCUACGUUAGGUAAAUUGACCCAAUUAGAGGUUGAAAGGUUGGACAAAGAAAUGGAAAGAGAGAGUAGAAGGAAAAGAAGACACAACUAUAAUGAAGAUCAACAACAGGGCUCGGGUCGAGGCUUUACUUCACGAAGAAUUGCAGCUCAUGCUGGUAGGGGAAAUACCAUUCCUGACUUAUCAGACAUACCUAAGACAUUUCGAACUCCUGCACCCUCGUCUAUAUUACCUGGUGCAGUUGAUUUGGGUGUACCUGAAGUGUAUGAGUAUAAUGAAGUUUUGAUCAAUAAAACUCAAGUUAGGAAUCCAGAUUAUAGACCACCAACACCUAUUCGUGUUGAAAAUGAACUUGUGGAAUAUAACCAUGAUCCACUUGGAGGUACUUUUAUGGUUACCAUCAAGUUGCCUGUAUAA